AUGCCUAUCUGGGGACCAACUUGUGAUGGGUGUGACUAUGUUGUUCGGGGUGCUACUCUUCGUUGUGAGGCGAAGGUUAGGGAUUGGUUGGUGUAUAAGAAUAUGGGAGCUACUCGGUUUAAUGGCUUCUCGAUCGGAGUCAAGGAGGUCAGGAAAGGCCCACGAAACAUCGCUGCUUGUUCCACCAUCAUUGCUACUCGACCCUUCUGCGACAUACGAGGGGUCAAGGAUUUUGUCCAGGAUGCUGGUCAGUCUCGCCUUGACCUUCUUGCAGAACCCCAGAUUACCACUCCCGGGCCUAGCUACCCAGCUGAGGCAGGAGAUGUAAAGGGUGAGCUCCCGUAUGAUUUCCGCCCGGGGCAAGCCGGGAUAGGCACCGCUCAGUAG